UCCGCCGCCGUUCUCCUCUCUCUGCCUUCUCCCUCACUACGCCCCGCUUCUUCUCCGACUACUGGCUGGCAACCCUGACCUACCAUCACAUUGUUCCACUGCUGCAUUCCGCGAUUCUUGGGGUAAUCCUACUUUUUCUUGGUCCGUCAAGGGAUCCGUUGCUUUAGGGUUUCUAAUCCGUCAGAUUUAUGGCGCAUGGACCGGUCACAGUGACGAAGAAUGAUUGAUCGUUGCUGAUUUGUAGUCUUAAUUGUUGCCGUGUAUCAAUGCGCGAGUCUGUUCGGCAGAUAACGAUUGGAGCAGCAUGUGAUCUGGUUACCUUUCAUGACAUUUUUUAGGGUGUUUUUGAUGACGUUGAGAGUAUUUUGCUCCAUCUCACAAUUUGUUCUUCUGAUUACCAGAUGGUUUGAAGGACUACAUCUGUUAUUGGAUCUAAUCUUCCUUCUAACUGUUGCUACUUUUAUGGUAGGAACCCAAUUGCCACGCCCUGAAAGCAUGGAAACAGUGAAUUAUUCAAUUGCUCCGACCAAACUCCGACAUUUAAAGAGUCAGAACAGUAGUGUUUCUCUCGAUUUGUAAGUGUUGCUUUUCCAAUUUCUUUGUUGCUUUUUGAUAUUGGAAGAGUUGGAAUACUGGUUUUAGAUCUCUAAUCAUUUCACUUCUGGACCAAUCUAUAAGAUAAAACAGAGAGCUAACAGUCAAUUCAGUUGCAGGUCAAGGAACAGGGCAAUUACUUCCGUCUGCUGUGUGACAUUCACCUCCAAUUCCUCGGACAAUGGACUUCAAGAAACCAAUAGCUUGCUUUCUGAUAUUGCAUCUGAUGUUAGCAAGAGGCAUUUGAUUAAAUCUAUGGUAUGGCGGUCAAGAAGCAAAGCCUAUCCGGGAGAACAAAUUGUUAUUCAUCCAUGCACAAUGUUCAACCAUCCCUAUUUAAUUUACUUGCUGCUCCGAUAGAUUUUCCUCUUGAAGAAUUUGAGGAAGGAAGAAUUUUAAACACGAGCAUUGGAACUUGCCCUUGAAGACAAUGAUCCACAUGCCAUUGUAUAUGUGAGUAUGAGUUACUGGCACCCUUUCCAGAUGGGGUGCUCUUCAUCAGGUUUGUAAUUGUGAUUGGCAUGCUAGUAAUCAACAAGUUGCUUAGCCCAUAAUAUAACAUGUAUCCAAGCUAUAAUUGUCUGCGGUAUAUCUUGACAAUUUGUAAUUUCUGUAUCUGAUACCACUGGCUCUUCAAUCAUGAAACUAUAUGUCACAUCAGACUUAUUGUCAAACCAGACUUCUUUCUUGUUAUUUGUCAUUUGUUGACAGAAUUCAUGCAUUCUGCACAGCCUCAGUUAUGCAAUUUUGUUACAGGCAUAAACAAACUAUAAAGUUGUGCAAUUCACUGCACCAGAAAUAUCAACAAGGUUAUUCUGACCUCAAUUUGCAUAUAUAUAAUUUAUUUGGCGAAACUUGGAUGUGAUUUGGAGUGCUUCUUUUAGUUUGUGAACUUUUAGCGCUCCUUUUGUUUUGACUAGAUAUAUAAAUGAUUUCAUUUUGAGUAAUUAUGAUUACAGAUAAAACAGCAAGCUCGUUAUGUUUCCCACAUUAUCAUCAAUUCUCUAUAUCUACUAGCAGUUCUAGCAUCCAUGUUCUCCAGAGGAUCAUUGGGUAGAUAACAAUUUCUUUUUCAUUUCUGUUGACAAUUAUGAAUUGUCUUCCAAAGUAAAUGUGUUGGUUUGUCUUUUUUUUUUAAACUUGACAAUAUUCACAUUUCAGGAAAGAUGAUUAGUCUGUAAAACUGCCAAUUUCUAUCAGUGAAACCAUGUUACGAACAUGAAGCUAAUGAUGAGCUACAAAGUUUCUCUAAGCCUGAGGAGGUUUUGGUUUUGCUAUGGGCAGCCAGCAAGAUGCGAGCUUAAGCAGUAUCAAUGUGUCGGCUGGGGGCCUGGUGUGGGUCCGCCGCCGAAAUGGAUCAUGGUGGCCUGGACGGACUGUGGGGCUGCAUGAACUGCCUGUGAAAUGCUUGCUUCCUCCGAGAUCGGGAACUCCCAUCAAGCUUCUUGGAAGAGAAGAUGGGAGCAUGGACUGGUAUAAUCUUGAGAAAUCAACACGUGUUAAAGCAUUUCGCUGUGGGGAGUUUGACGAAUGCAUCCAGAAGGCCAUGGCUUCUGCAGUUCAUUCAAGUAAAUUCUCAACCAGUACAGGGAAGUACGUCCACAGAGAAGAUGCCAUUCUUCAUGCCUUGGAGAUUGAGAAGUCUUACUUUCCUUCCAGAAAGCAGAAUGGCUCAGGAAUGAACAACUUCUACAGAGCAACAGGUUGUAAUUUUACCAAAAAAUCAAAAAAGAUGCAUAGACUUGACAAGCAACGAGGUUUGAUGGCCAGAAAAUUCGAUACUUUUGAAGAUAAUUCACCCCAAGAGAUACCUCAAUCUUUGGUGUCAUAUGAACAGCUGGAUAAGUUGAUUGCUGCUGAUGCUCAACUGAUGGAGAAAGAACAUUGGAGAACUCCAAAUGAUUCAGAAGGUGAAGGAAUAAACCAUGUGAGAGAUCUUCAGGACAUAGGAUUGGGGAUUAUAUCAACUAGAAAGCCUCAUGUGCAUGUUGAAACAGAAUUAUUUACUGACUUAGCCCUUCCUGACAGUGCUUCGCUCAGCGAAUCAAACAUAAAUAACAGGUUUUUUAGUUCUGGUCCAAUAAUAAGCUGUAAAAGUUCUGGUUCAUGCCUGAAACGGAAGCGAUCGAGUGCCAAAGCUCAUGAGGAUGUGAGAAGAGACUGUCACCAUGCUCUGACUAAAGUUUGCAAAGGUAGUAGGAUUAUAAUUCCGUCAUAUUGUUACUGGGAUGGUACUUUCGGAGGAUUCUGGCCUCUUAAAGAAGCUACUGAGAAAACAUCAAAGGAACUGCUAUCUAUUCCAAGUUGGACAAAUAUUACAUGUGGUUCAGGAACAUCGGGUGAAACAUUGUUGGGUGCAUCUGAGAGCACUUGUAAAUUUGAUGGCACAGACUUCAAUUCUCAAAUCAAGGACUGUGAACUUGCAAGCAUGUUGGAGUUCAUCGACAAUGAAUGCUCUGAUGGCCUGGUCGAUAUUCCCCUUGUAAUGGGUGACCAUAUUGGUGAAGAUUUUCAGAAGGCUUCUGAAUAUUGUCCGAUCAGAGAUCUUCUGCCACGUGUAGAUGAGAAGCAUUAUAAUGGUUGCUGCGAGGAUGAUCUUGUAUCACAUUUUGCUGAAGGGCUUAGAGAGAGUAGCUUUACUGAUUCUCGACAUCAGCUUAAUAGUGUCAAUAAGAAGGCAGAAAAGAGGAGUGUGGAACCACAUUUAAUCAGUAAAAAGAACCUGAAUUAUAUGAGGUUCAGUAGAAUUACAAAUUCUGAAAGCCACAUCAAUGGGGCCAAUCAAUCUGAGAAUUCCUUGGAUCAAAUGGAGAAGAAAAUUUUUUUUGCAGGCUUGGCCAGAAAAAUUGGCAGCAAUCAUUCGGAUGAAUUCUUGACUCUCGAUAGUUGUCAUUGUCAUUUAGUAAAGGAUGAAUCAGUUUCAGAGGCAUAUGAUGUUUCCCAAUCUCAGAGUUCUGAUCUUCCUUGCUCUUCUAGUGAAUGGGAACAUUGCCAGUCCGAAGCUUUAAAGCAUUGUGUAAUAAAUUGCUCUACCUCACUUCUACCCUCAAGAGACCAUGAGAGAUCAUCCAGGCGCCAGAUUCCUAUCUCCACUCUGAUGACUCGACAAUUGUUUCCUCGUGACCGAGUCUCUACUCUGACUUGCUCCAAGUACCAGGUUGUGAAGCAAAUAAGAAGUACAGGUCUCUGUUCUUCACUAUAUGAUGUUGAAUUGACUGUAGAAACAAAAACUGGCAGACCUCAUGUGCCUCUGAAUUCUCUCACGAGUAAAUUGAAUGGUAAAGCAAUUGUUGGCCAUCCUGCUCCCGUUGAGGUCAUGGAAGACGGCUCCAGUGAUACUCUGAUAACUAAGAACGACUGUUGGCCAGCUACAAGCAACAUUAAUCGGUCACUGAAGAAUGGAGUAGUAAUUAUUGGGAGAGCAACUCCUAGGAAGAAAGCAGCACAGACCUAUCAUGGCGUUCAAUGGGGGAACUAUGAUCAACUCAAUGUUCCUUCUCUUUUGGAAAGAAAACAUUCAAAUAGCAGAACAUCAAGGUUGUCUCCCAGAAAGAUCCGGAGGCUUUCAUCCAUCAGAAAGCCAGAGGUUGAAACGAUUGUGAGACCUGCUGUUGCAUGUGUUCCACUCGGACUUGUCUUUAGUAGGAUUACGGAAGCAUUUCCUUCAUCACUAUAGCUAACUCCAGUCAUUGUAACAAUUACUUCCCUUAAAGCGUGCCCAGAGAAAUCUGUUCUUCUACCUACAUAUCACUUCCUAGUUGGACACUGUAAAUUUUUGCCACCGGUUUGAUGCAUAGUGUUGCACAUAUCUUUCGAUUU